CAGACAGGAAGUGUCAUUGUUGUCACUGUUCCUGGUUGAGAAACUGUGCUGAAGGUCUCUGGUACACAAGUCCACGUAAAUCCAGCUGCUGGAGUCCUGAGGACGAAAACGGGGUGGAAUAUUGGUGCUUAUCUGUCAGGUAAGUCAAAGCGGGGAGGAAGUGAGCGAGUGUUUAGUUCUGACGUUAAUAAUGAGAGUGUGUGUGAAUAUGAUGUCUGUGAGGGUCUCUCAGCCUGUUUUCUGCCUGUCAGGGUUCAGAGUGUCUGUAGAGUUUCACAGUUUUUGUAUCUGCAGAAAUUCACAGAGAUUUUGUGUCAGUGUGCUUAGAGGGAUGUUAUCAGCAGAUUGAACCCUCAGCAGAGAUUCAGAGGACCUGUACGUUAAAGAAAUUAAUAACUUUACAUGCACCCUAAACACUAUGUGGUCAGUGCUUCUGUUUGUUGAUAAUUAGAGACUAGAGUGUUCAAGAAGAAAAUAUGAUUACAAGCAAAAUAAUCAAAGUUUAAAAAAGUUUUGAUGGGUUGAUGGAUGGAUGGACUGGUGGGUGGGUGACUGUUUUCAGCCUUUAGUUUAGCAUUUUUAAUAUUUUGGAUAUCUUGUUUUUGGUUUCAUGUUUGGGUGAAAGGGUGAAUCUGGAGAGUGUGGAUUGUGGUGGUUUGUGAUAGUCUUUCUGCUGGGUGUCAUGUUAUGUAUUUAACCUAAAGUGACCCUGCAGCUGCACAUAGACAGUGAAAACCUUGAACUCUGGGCUGUAUUGAUAAAACCUGUUCCAAGGUCAAUCUGCUGCUUUCUCUGCAGAUAAAUGGUCUUCAUGUCACGUCGCUGCGCUGCAGGUAUAAUGAUCUGUUCAUAGUGGAUAAUAAAGUGUAAUCCAGUUUGUAAUAUUUAUGGCGGAUUAUGUCAGGACCUGGCAGCAUUCAACUUUAGUUGAGCCAGAUAUUGGACCCAACCCUCAGGAGGGUCUGUGAAAGACCUGCAUGUACACCCUCUGCUAAUGUUUGAAUAUAGUUCAGUCCUUUUGUCAGACGGUGGUCAGGCAGAAGCUUAUUCCCUCAGCUGGAUCUCUAAACUGGAAUCUAAGGCUGUAGCUGUAUACAUAUGUAGUUGAUCCAUCCUUUUCUUUCCUUUUCUCAUUUUUAUUUACUGUGUAGUUUAAAACGUCAAGUUUACAGUCUGAUUCAAACAGGUGUUUUAUUAGCUGAUAUUUGGAGUCAAACACUGAUGAAGGUCCUUCAGUCCAUGAGUUUCCUCAGAGCAGCAUGGAGGACUUCUGUAAUGAAAUAAGCUCACUGAGGGUCCUUUGACCCUCGUUUGGGACUGUUGUUUUCUGGCUUCAUUGUGAGUUCGUUUACAGCCCUGAAAAUUCAGAUUUUGGUGUCUGUGCAGUCAAACUCCAACAUGUUAAAGCUAAAUCUGAAUAGGUUUCAUUUCCACUAAAGAAGGUGUUCCUCUAUUUUCAGUGGGUCCUUCACCAUUUUGGUGUGUCUAAGUCCUCCACCUGGUUAUAUUUUCAGCUCAUUCAUAAUGAACAUCUGCUCUGCACCUCUUUCUUUCUUUAUUUACACAUAAUGAAUAUUUGUGUUUAGUAAACUCACGAUAAAGUCUCUGUUGCUCUUUGUUCCCCUCAGUGUGAGGAGAAGAAGAUGGAGUCGUUGGUUCCUGACCUGCCCAGCGGCCCUCUGGACGUCUACAGGACGAAAGCUUCCUUUAACUGGAAGGAAAUGCUCUUCUUCAUCGAAGGAGAGGACGUCAUCAAAUUUAAGGUGAGGACUCCUGAAAAAGAAGACCUCAGGAUUUUACUGAGUCUGUGAAGGUCUUUGACGUGCUAAAAAAUACUCACUUUAUCCAUAUACAGUCCAUGUAUUACAGCACAGUCUAAUCAUUCUCAUCAUUCUGCACUGUGGUCAUUAUUGGUAUUUUUCUCACAGUUCUCAUUAUUCUUAUUUUUUCAUUAAUCCCUAUUAUUGCCAUAAUUUUAAUCAUUCUCAUGAUUUUCAUUAUUUUCAUUAUUCUCAUUAUUUUUUAUCAUUCUCAUUUUUCCUAAUUAUUCUCAAUCUCUUCUCAUUAUUUUCAUAUUCUUAGAUUUUCAUUAUUCUCAUUUUUCCCAAUUAUUCUGAUGCUUUUCUGAUUAUUCUCAUAAUGUUGUUUUCUGCAUGCUUUUAAAAGGUUUAACACAAAAACUAUAAAAACAAGUUUUCUUUGUGGUUUCAGUAUCAUUUAUCUCAGCUCUCAUGCUCUCCUCUUCUCUCUUUGCAGAAACAUUUAUUUCAGACACUAGAGAGUGAUACUCUAUUUGCUCGGCUGCCAGGUGAAGAUGUUUCUGUGGAGAAGAUGAAAGAGCUCACCUUCCUCAGGUAAGAUCACAGAGGUGUAUUAUCAGUAUAUUCUUUUUCUCUGUUUGAGAAAGUGAAGAUAAAACAAAGUUCUGAAUAAAACAGGGUCAAGAAGCUGUUCUCCUACGACUUCCUGCCUGAUGAGGAGGCUAUGUCUAAUCCCUGGCUGACCGUGGUGCUCAACAACUCUCUGGGCAUGUACGACUGGGGGUGCUCAGCCAAAUACUUCCUCAACAGAGGGGUAAAGGAGUGUUAAUACUACUUCUACUACUACUAAUACUACUAAUACUACUACUAAUGAUAAUAAUAAUAAUGAUAAUAAUUAUACUUCUGUAUCAGCAGCUCAGAUGGAAAUGAUCAUUUAUACAUUUGUUUAUUUCUGGCUGGACCACAUUAUCAUCAGAAUGACAUUAAACCUCCUCAGCUCUCAUAUAUAAUUAUUCUAUUUGCAUGUUUUUCUGUGUUAUUAUGUCUGCACAGUGUCUAACUACCCCCUGUGUGUCUGUUUCAGAUGUUUGGAGCGACCGUGGCGAACUCUGGAUCAGUCAGACACUUGGAAUAUGUAGAAGCCAUCAACUCCAUGAAGGUGAGAGGUUAACACAUCUCUGUCUGUCUGCAGCCUGCUGCACCUGUAAAACACACCUGCUCUCUCAGGCUCAGGUAUAAAGGUUACCAUCAAACAUUAAAACAGCUCAGUUUGAUAUUAAAGCUGUGUGCCUGUGGAGCUAUUGUGGUUUAAAGUCCACACAAUAAACAUUUGUACUAGCUGGCAAAAGAGUGUUUCUGACACUGCACGGACAGAGCUGAGUUUACGGGUGCCCCGCUGUUUGAAACAAACUCAAUAUGGUGAAAAGAUCAAACUGGGUCAAUGGAAGUUUUGUCAGAUAGUUAAAUGAUGUGAUUUUAAUUUUUAUCGUAUGACGGUUUUGCUGAAAUUCAAAGGUUCAUUUUACAUCAAACAAGCAGGUUCAGUCAAGAGGAGAGUGACAGACUCAAACAUGAAGUUGAAGAAGUCUGAAUUAGUUUACUGUAUUAGUUUACUGAGGCUGUAUGUGCCCGGAUUGGACAAGUUCCAGGUUAUUAUCAGAGCGCCCUCUGCUGUUGGCCUGAUGCUCUGGUAAACUGAAUUAUUAUGAGUUCAAAUGAAUCCUCAUAGUCCGAGUUUUUCCCCCAGAGUUCAAAUGAAGGUUUGAAUUUGGGGUAAAAAGUGACAGCACUAGUCUGAGUGUAAAGACCACCUGCUGUUCUCUCUAUCUGACUGUGAGGUCUGUUACCAUGGUGAUUCAGCUAGGUGAAAGGAGAGUCUGCUUCAUGACACAGAAAACUCAAAGUCUAGGAUUAGCAGACUCAGUUCAGCCUCUAAUCUGACCCUGUGGUCCACCCCUCUGAUCAGACCUGCUCCAGGAACAGCUCCUUACACCUUCACACCUGUACCUGUGUGCAGGUUAUCAACUCAGCAUGACUCCACCCCCUCUUCUGUUUCUCUGCCUGUAGAUCUUUGGCUGCUUUGCUUUGACUGAAGUGAGCCACGGCAGCAACACCAGAGCCAUGAGGACCACGGCGACCUACGACCCCCAGACACAGGUGCCGUAUCAAUCACUUCUAAACUUUAAUAAACUUGAACAACUCUUUCUGCCGCCUCUUUUUCUGUCUGUUGCCUUUUUUUUAAAACUUUAUUUAAACUUUAUUGACGCUCUUUCCCUCCUCAGGAGUUUGUGAUCAACUCUCCAGACUUUGAGGCAGCAAAAUUCUGGGUGGGGAAUCUGGGGAAGACGGCGACUCACGCCGUACUGUUUGCUCAGCUCUACACACCUGACCAGGUGUGCCACGGCCUGCACUCCUUCAUUGUCCCGGUGAGCCUCUGACCUGAGACCUUUGGAAACGCUGCAGCUACUGUGUUAUAGAGAUGAAGUGGGGGUGUUGUUUUACCAUAACAUCCUGUUGUACGCCUUAAUAUCAUGGACAGGUUUAAUGUUUUUAUUAUAUUAAAGAGUCAUUACACUCACCUCUCACACUGUCUCAUUGAGUAGCACAGACACUGUAGAUGCCAUAAAUCCUCUAAUAUAGUUGGGGUCUUUUAGUUGCUUUACUUCCAGAGAUAGCAGACCUUUAUUUUCAGCCUGAGUGAUAACUCUUCAUAUUUUGGUAGGAAGUAAGGACCUGAUUCACAGAAGGACUGUGUGGCCGAUGAAUUUAUCAUCUAUCUCUGUGCAAAGAAGCUUUUCUGCAAAAACACCACAGUCACUGGCAGUGGUACCAACAGUGUCGGAGUAUUGAACUCUUCAUCACUGAGGCAAUAACUCCCCUCUGGAUGGCCUGAAAAUGAUCAUCCUCUCUCUACUGCUGUCAGGAUCAGAGUGCAUAGAGCAGCUCUGAGCAGCAGAGAGUGGAGUAAACUGCACAGAGAUGGUUUGAGAUGUUCCUACAAAGUUAGAAUCAUACAGAACGUGUAGCUGCUGUGUGAUCAUUGCGGACUCAGCAGGAAGUUGUUCUCUGUGAUGAAAAAAGAACCAGUAUUUAAGAGCCAACCUUUAUUCACUCAUAAAGAGAUGAUCAGGGUCUGUAUUAGAGGAUUUACAGUAACACUUCACCCUGUUCUUGAUGUUGCUGUCAGUGAUAUUUCUAGUUAUUGCUCUUUUCCUCUUCAGGUCUGAUUAGUGUUGUCCCUGUGUUUUCUGGUCCUCCAGAUCAGAAAUCCUCAGACUCUGCGGGCUCUGCCUGGGGUCCUGGUGGGAGACAUCGGGAGGAAGCUGGGUCAGAACGGACUGGAUCACGGGUAAAUAAUGACCGGAGGAUUCAGACUCCGAGAGCAGAGCAUGAACAGAAUUUAGAUCAGAGUUUAGAGCAGGAUCAGAAGAAUCCAUGAGGACUGGUUUGGUCUGUAGCACACAGACAGGUUUCAUGACAUGGGGUUUGUGUUGCAGUGUCUCUGUGUGGCCAGCAGGUGAAGCUACAGUCUCAAUUUAAGAGAAAAAACAUGCAGCGAAAGAUCUGAUGAAAGAAAAGCAGCUGUCUGCCCUCGAUCAUAUAUGAAGUUUAAAACCAGACCAGGUCCUGUGUCUGCUGGACUGUAGUUAGGAGACUUGUUCAUCACAAUGUCAGCUCACUGUGGACUACCUGCUCACUCCUGAACUGUUACACAAGAACUUUUCAAAUUCUCAUGUUCAAAUAUGCUUGAAGUGUAUCAGGAUCUGGUAUCAGGACCAGGAUUUGAUCUGAAGUUUGAGUUUGUUUACAUAGGUCAGAGUUUAUUCAGGGAUUGUAGUUCCUCUCCUCUCUGUCUCAGUGUCUCCAGACUUGAGUUUUAACCAAAUUAAUCCUGAUGUCUUCCUCCAUGAUCCUCUCUGUGUCCUCUGCCAGGUUUGCUAUGUUUCAUAAGGUCAGGAUCCCUCGAGAAAACCUGCUGAAUAAGACGGGAGAAGUCACGCCGGACGGUCGAUACGUCACUCCAUUUAAGGACCCUAACAAGCGAUUUGGGGCCUCUCUGGGGGCUCUGUCGGGGGGACGGAUCUCCAUCACCAGGAUGGCUCUGACGAACCUAAAGCUGGCUCUGACUGUGGCCAUCAGAUACUCGGCUACCAGGAGGCAGUUUGGACCUAAAGACACGGAGGAGAUCCCCGUCCUGGAGUACCAACUGCAGGUCUUUUAAGAGAAAGAUACUUCAUAUUAUACAUGUGUAAAGAUAUACUCUGUAUAGAAAUUAUCAUGUCUAAGCAUAAUCAUCAGAGACAUGUCUGUUUGUAAAUUUCAGCAAUGGCGUCUGAUCCCGUACCUAGCUGCGGCAUACGCCCUGGAACACUUCACUAAAACCAUCUUCAUGAACUUUGUGGAGUUUCAGAUGGGACAGAUGAUGAAGGACAGAAGUGACAGACAGGUAAAUGUAAUAAAAACAGGUCUCACCUGUUCUGAUGAGGAUCUUCAUCACCUGAUCCUGAUCCUCAGACUGCAGGGUCAGCUGAAGACCUGCUCACUGUCUCUGCAGUGACUUAAACUGGUCUGGUAUUUAACUUUCACCCCUGUGGUGUGUUUGUGUGUGUGUGUGUUUGUGUGUGUGCGUGUGUCUGUGUUUUAAGGCGGAGCUUGGCAGAGAGAUCCAUGCUAUCGGCUGCAGCAGUAAACCUCUGGGCUCAUGGACGGCUCAGCGAGGGAUACAGGAGUGCAGGGAGGCCUGCGGGGGGCACGGCUACCUCGCCAGUUAGUCUCACACACACACACCCACAUGCGCACACUCAAACAUGCACACACACAGCUGAUUUCUCUCCAUCUCUGUCUCUGUUAGUGAACCGUCUGGGUGAUCUGAGGAAUGAUAAUGACCCAAACUGCACGUAUGAAGGAGACAACAACGUGCUGCUGCAACAAACCAGCAACUACCUGCUGAGCUGGCUUCAGACCAAACAUCACGGUACAGCAUAGACCUACUGAUACUAGAACGAUCUGAAGUGGAAGAAUCCAUUUAAAACUGUUUGAUAUUUUCUAUUUCUAUACUAUAAAAAUAAGGACAGAGCUGUGACAGAUGACUUAAUAUUAACCUGCUUGGUAUGUUUUUCUGUUUUCUGUUUCGCUGUUUGUUUGUUUUUCUGUCUGUCUGUGUGUUGUCAGACGGGGUAAAAAUAGAGUCUCCUCUCCACACGGUUGACUUCUUGGAUGAUUAUCAGAAGAUCCUCCAGAAUAAAUUCACAGCUGACAGCAUGGAGGAGUGUAUGGAUCCUACAGGUAACAGCAGACUGGAUCAUCAAUUGAGCAUGGGUGUUCAGAGUCACCUGCUCAGGUUAACAAGAACAAAGUAGACCAAGUCUUAAAAACAUGAUAUUUAAUAAGCAAUAAGGUGAAAAAAUCAGGUAAUUAAGUUCAUUUCUUGAUUAAAAAAAAUCCAGUCAGUGUUUUGAUGAUUCUUAUCCAUUAACUCAGGAUUAUCCAGAUCUCCACAGACAACUGGACUGGACUGAGUUAGUCUGGAUUAGACUGGUUGAAACCAGAAUGGACUGGUUUACACUUGAUUAGACUGGAUAUAACUGGAAUAGACUAGUUAAAAUUGGAAUACACCGGUUUCAACUGGCAUAGUUUUGAUUAAACUAGAGUAGACCAGAACAGACUAGUUCUAAUUGGAAUAGACUGGGUUAAAUUUGAAUAAACUGGUUUUAACUGAAAUAGACUGGAUUAAGCUGGAAUAGACUGAUUUUAACGGGAAUAGACUGGAUUAAACUGAAAACAACUGGAUAAAACUGGAAUAGACUGGAUUAAACUUGAAUAGACUGGAUUUAACUGGAAUAGACUGGUUCUAACUUGAAUAGACUGGAUUAAACUGGAAUCGACUGGUUUUAACAGGAAUCGACUGGAUUAAACUGGGAACAACUGGAUUAAACUAGAAUAGACUGGUUUAAACGGGACUAGACUGGAUUCAAUUUGAAUAGACUGGAUUAAACUGGAAACAACUGGAUUAAACUGGAAUAGACUGGUUUAAAUUUGAAUAGACUGGAUUAAACUGGAAUAGACUGGAUUAAACUGGCCUUGACUGGAUUUAAAUGUCUUAAAUAGGAUUACCAGAGCUUCUGAAAGGAAAACUGCAAAUCUGUUUAAACUGAACAACAUUUCAUAAGUCAUGUCGCUAUUGUGGAAUGUGUAAGUCUGGAGUUUUUGAGGUGUCCUCUCUCUCUCUGUGAUCCUCUCAGUGUGUCUGUCAGCCUACCAGUGGUUGGUAUGCUUCCUGCUGGUGGAGAGUCACAAGAGGCUGCAGCAACAGAAACAAGCCGGACUCCACGACUUUGAGGCUCGAAACAACAGUCAGGUGAGCCUGAGCUGAUCUACCUGUGAGGCGUCCACACAGACCAAGCUGGUUUUUCAUGAUAGAUUAAAGUGUGGCAGAUAAAUUCAGAAAUAAGAAGAAAAUCUCUGAAAAUGGUCUAGGUCCUGAGUUCAGCAUCGUCACGUCCUCACUUUCUAAAUCAGCUGAUAAAAUAGUUAAGACAGAUCCUUCGACUCUGAUUUAAAAGGAUCCAGGUUUUAGAUGCAGCUAUGAGGCAUGUGAAACUGUUCUCACUAACAGUUCAGGUCUGACUCAUCUCUGUGGGUCAUGGGGUGGUACUGGGAUUAGAGACGGGAAGCUGACCCCACAUGUUGACCACUUGGAUCAGGCCUGAGCUCAUGAGUCCAAAACAAAGCUUGCGUAACUGUGUGUGGAUUCCUCUGUGAUUCCAAACAGCUGUGUCCUCCUGCCCGUAUCAUCAGGGACUUCAGGCUGUGAUCUUUGGAGAUGAUGUUCAAAGAUGAAGCUGAGCCCCUCAGUGUCUAAGGAAAACAAUGAUCUCUGCCCUGCUGUGAGGAUUUCUCUCAUCACUCUCCUUUAGAUUGAGACAUACUAACAGAGAUGGGUUCUUCUCAGAUCAGCUGUCCUAAAAAGACUCUCACAGUCCUCCAUGCCGGCCUCAGAUCAGCUGAUUAGAAACAAAAUAAACAGCAUCUGGAUCCUCUCGCUGUGAUCUGACGUCUUCGGUCUGAGCUCCGUCAGCUGGUUCGUGUUACCGACGUCACAUUCACAUGGGCGUGUGUGUCAGUUCUGGGAAACGUGUAUGUGUCAGUGGAUUAACUAGCUUGUUUUGAAGGUAUUAAUAUGAUGUAGUGCAGCAGUUAGAGCAUCUCUGGAGAACUUGCACAUGUGCAGUAGGACGUUUAUGAGCCCUAAAGAUUCAUACUGAGAGUUACACAGCCAUCUACAGUUCCACUUUUUAUUUCCUGAAAACUGCAGAGCUUUGACAUCAUGGGCUGAACACAGAAAGUAGGUGUGGCCACUGUGGUGUCAACGAUGGCUUUAAGCAUACAGAUCUAAACUUUCAGGUCGGCUUUAUGGUCCAUAUCCUGGUAACUUUUACAGAGGAAUUGACCAUAUUUUGAAAAAGUAGGUGGAGCUUAUGGUGUGUUUGCGUUACCUUGGAAGUCAGAGGUCCGAGCUGAAAAUGACGUCACAACCGAGUUACUGGUGUCCAUUAACUUCCUACCUCCAUGACUGUAGGAUCCCCACAGCGAGGUUAUCUCCAGUCUUUAACUGAUUCUGCCCCCUGCUGGACGUCAGACUAACGUCAGACUCAAAGGACCUCUUUGGUUUACCCGUGUUUUCUGUUUGUGUGUCUGUGUGUGUGCAGGUGUAUUACUGCCGCUCUCUGGCCUUGGCCUAUAUAGAGACCAACUGUUUACAAAGGUUUUAUGACCUGACCUUUGACCCCGACACUCCAGCUGGUCUCAGACCUGUUCUGAAGAAACUCUGUGCUCUCUAUGGACUGUGGAGCCUCAGCAACCACACCACAACGCUGUACCAGGGUCUGUACACACCCCUGUAAACACACACAUAUGUACAGACACACCUGUAAACACACACCUGUACCUGUAUAUACCUUUCUACACGUAUACUCACACCUGUAUGUGUCUCUAUAUACUGCACACAUUAAUCUAGAUCAACACUGACCUCUGCUGUACCUGUGCAGGUAACUACCUGAGUGGAGGGAAACCUGCAGAGCUGAUCCAGAUGAGCAUCCUGACCCUGUGCUCACAGGUAAACACUCACACCUGUCUGUAAUGGUUAGAGAUAAACCCACUGAAACCACAGAAUCAACGAGCAGAGGGGUUUGGACCAAUCAGAACAAAGUGUAAAGGUGGCAGAGUGACAUGAUGUAGAAGCAGCUGUUCUGUCAGUGAAACUAAAGGAUAAAACAGUGACAAUGACCUCUGACCUUUUAGAUAUAUGUGUGUCUGUUUCCAGCUUAAGGAUGAUGCCGUCGCAUUGGUGGAUGUUUUGGCUCCUACUGAUUUCAUUCUAAACUCACCGAUAGGAAACGCUGACGGACAGGUACACACAUACGCAAACACACACACACACACACACACACACACACACACACACACACACACACACACACACACACACACACGCACACACGUAUAUACAUACUAAGUAGAUUCAGGUAAAGGUAAGUGUGUGCUGAGGUCUGCAGACUGGCUGAACUCUGACCUCAGUGUUUCAGUCAGUGAUGAACCAUUCAGCUGUCUUCUUUGAGACAUCCAGGAAUUAGUCUGAGCCGAGUAAAGUCUUUUUACUGGAAAAAGACUCUGCUGACUCUGUUUCAGGAAACACACACACACGUUUGGCAUGUGAUUUUUCAUGUUAAUUAAAUAAAAGCUCCCUGACCCAAAAACAAACACCAGGUCAGGAUAAAAGCUCCAGAUUCAGAGCCAGACUUUUAAUGGAUCAUAAACAUAGGAGGACCCUUUUCUCUACAGUAACCUCCUCCACCUCUCUCCCUUUCUCUCUCUCCUCCCCUCUCAGAUCUACAAGAACCUGUGGUCCACGGUGAUACAGGGCGCUCAGGCUCUGGAGAGGCCAUCAUGGUGGAGAGAGUUCUGCUCAGACAAACCUGUGGUCGGCUGUCUGCGUCCUAAACUCUAACACCAUAAAAACCCACAUACAGAUUUACAGCUCAGUCUGAGUGGUCCGGAUCAGGAAUUAGCCUCAGAAACUCUAUAAGUGUAACGGAGAAGAUGAUAAAGAUAAUUUUAUAUAUCCAAACUGUCAUAUACACGGCAUCUCAUCAUGUGCUGUUUACACAGUAACCUAAAAGUCCAGGAACCUCUGUGGUAAACCCCAGAUCCUAGUAAAUAAAGAGCAGGUUUAUUUCACCAAUAAUCUCAAACACAAAGUGCCUAAUAACAGUUUAUUUCAUGCUUGGGGACCGUGCUCAGUGACUUCAGUAUAAAGACAAAGAGACUCAGACGGUAAAAUAAACUCUGAAACUGAAUAAACACUUGAGGUCUGACUCACUGAGGGUACAGCCUGUGCAGAGACACUGUCUGAUUCCCACACACUCAAGCCGAGGAGCUCCUCUAACUCCACUGCAGAGCGAAAAGUGCAAAACACAGCUCAUCCACAGAUUCAGUGUGAGUAACAGUAACAGUAACAGUGAGUAACAGACACUAUCAGUAACAGAAACCAUCAGUAAGAGGGACAUUUUACUGUCUGUUGAGAGCUGACAGUGGUUUCACUGCAGCAUCAUCACUCACAAAGCGAUAGGGCUGGACAAUAUGGCCUCAAAUCAAUAUCACAAUAUAUUGAGCAGUUCACCUCGAUAACAAGAAAUGGACGAUAACUACUCCACAAGCUGCUCACCCCAUCCCAGAGUCUCAGAGUCCACAGCACAGCUCUGUGCAGCAGAAAGAGGAGAUGCUAACAGCUCAUUACAGACUCAGAAACUGGAGCAAACUGCAGAGAGCUGCUCAGAUUUGUGCGUGAGUUUGUGCUUAAAUAUCAUCACUGCUGUCUGGGAACUGGACCUUAGGAGACCGAGCAGAAAAAACUGAGAUAUGAAGCUCAGUCCACGGUCCCUUAAAGUGACUUCGGCCCUGAGCUCACAGUUCAUCAGCUGACUAAAAGGACUGGUGUGUGUUUCAUUCCUGAAGGACUGUACAUUGUUAUAUACUGUAGAUGAUGUAAAGCACCGUACAAGCCUUGAAGAACAGUCACUUCAUGUGAUUCCUUGUUCAGACAAACUAAAGACAUUUACUAAUAAAAACAGAUAUUUUUUAAAGACA